AAUCUUAGCCAAACGAGCACUAAAAGCACAAUCAACUAGCCCCAAGCCCAAACUAACCUGAAUUUGUGAGCACUAAUGAGGGAUCCCCUCUUCAAACAAAGGGAGCAUUUCAGUCAUUUUGACAUUGGCAGUUAAGUUAGUUAUGGACAUAAACCUUUCAUGCCCACAUUACAAACCACAUUCCCAUGUCACAUUUGUUCACCACUUCACUGAAAGUAAGCAAUCUGCACCACCUGAAACAACUCCAUGCACAGAUCAUUCAUCACCACCUCCACCACCACAACCACUGGGCAGCCCAACUCCUCGGCCACUGCACGUGCCUCCACGCGCCACCACUUUAUACCCGUCUCAUUUUCGACUCUGUACCGCACCCAAAUGUCCUUGUCUUCAAAAACAUCCUCAAAUUCUACUCCCAAUUGGGUGCCCACAAUGAUGUGAUCACUCUUUUUGGGCAAAUGCAAAAAAAUGGUGUGAGGCCCGAUGUGUAUGUGUACGCCAUCUUGGUCAAAUCUGUUGGUAAAGCUGCCAUUGAAUUACAUGCUCAUUUGUUGAAAAUGGGUUAUGGCUGUGAUCGCUAUGUACGCAAUUCGGUCAUGGGUAUGUAUGCGAAAUAUGGGUCGGUUGAGAUUGCACGUAAACUGUUUGAUGAAAUGUGUGAGAAGACUGUUGUAGAUUGGAAUUCCAUGAUUUCUGGGUAUUGGAAUUGGGGAUAUGAAGUCGAAGCGUGUCAACUGUUUGAAUUAAUGCCUCAGAGGAAUGUCAUCUCUUGGACUGCGAUGGUCACUGGGUAUUCGAAGAUGAGGGAUUUGAAGAGUGCGAGGCGGUUUUUUGAUGAAAUGCCUGAGAAAAGCGUCGUCUCAUGGAAUGCAAUGAUCGCUGGUUACGCUCAAAAUGGGUUUGCCGAAGAGGCUAUAGGACUAUUCCAUGAGAUGGUGAACGCGGGGCUUCAACCAAAUGAGACAACAUGGGUUGCUGUUAUUUCAUCGUGUUCAUCACGUAGUGAUCCUUGCCGUGCAGAAUCACUUACCAAAAUGCUGGAUGAGAAGUGCAUACAUCUGAAUUACUUUGUCAAGACAGCGCUUCUUGAUAUGUAUGCAAAGUGUGGAAGCCUCAAGACUGCUAGAAAAGUUUUUAAUGAGUUGGGUGUGCAUAAGAAUUCUGUCGCAUGGAAUGCAAUGAUUUCGGCAUAUACACGUGUUGGUGAUCUGACCUCGGCUAGGGAGCUCUUUGAUACGAUGCACGAUCGGAAUGUUGUAUCAUGGAACUCAAUGGUUGCGGGUUAUGCUCAAAAUGGGCAAUCAGCUAUGGCACUUGAACUCUUCCAAGAAAUGGUCACAACCAAGGACUCAAAACCAGAUGAGGUCACUAUGGUUAGUGUUAUCUCAGCUUGUGGACAUCUUGGCGCUUUGAAAUUAGGCAAUUGGGUUGUGAAUUUCAUUAGCGAAAACCAAAUGAAGUUAAGUAUUUCAGGGUACAAUUCUUUGAUUUUCAUGUACUCCAAAUGUGGGAGCAUGAAAGAUGCCCAAAAAGUUUUCCAAGAAAUGGCAAUGAGGGAUGUGGUUUCCUACAACGCAUUGAUCACUGGAUUAGCAGCUCAUGGGAAUGGUACUGAAGCUGUUGAACUAAUGUUGAAGAUGAAAGAUGAAGGAAUUGAACCCGACCGCGUAACCUAUAUCAGUGUGCUAACAGCAUGUAGCCAUGCUGGAUUAUUAGAACAAGGCCAUGAAAUCUUUGAAUCGAUCAAAGAUCCAGAAGUCGAUCAUUAUGCGUGCAUGGUUGAUUUGUUAGGUCGGGUGGGUAAGUUAGAUGAAGCAAAGACAUUAAUUGAAAGAAUGCCAAUGAACCCACAUGGAGGGGUCUACGGGUCACUUUUAAAUGCUAGCCGGAUUUACAAAAGAGUUGACCUAGGGGAGCUUGCUGCAAACAAGCUUUUUGAGCUAGAACCACAAAAUUCUGGAAAUUAUGUUUUGCUUUCAAAUAUAUACGCUUCUAAAGCGAGGUGGGAAGAUGUUGAGAGGGUCAGAAAGGCGAUGAGAGAAGGGGGAGUGAAUAAGACAAUUGGAUGGAGCUUUGUGGAAUACGGUGGUAAGAUGCAUAAGUUCAUAGUAGGAGAGAGAUCACACAGACAAUCAGAUGAUAUUUAUCGCUUAUUGGGAGAAUUGAGAAACAAGAUGAGGGCUUUUGGAUACAUAGCUGAUAAGAGCUGUGUGUUGAGAGAUGUUGAGGAAGAAGAAAAGGAAGAGAUGGUGGGAACUCAUAGUGAGAAAUUGGCUAUUGCUUUCGCUCUACUUGUUAGUGAAGAAAAGGAAGUGAUCAGGGUGGUGAAGAACCUAAGGGUGUGUUGGGAUUGCCAUAUGGUUAUAAAGAUGAUUUCAAAAUUGGAGCGAAGAGAGAUUGUUGUCAGGGACAACAAUCGGUUUCAUUGUUUCAGUAAUGGGUUAUGCUCAUGCAACGACUACUGGUAAGAUGUCUGGUUGUGUUUUUUCUUUCAUUUUUAGAUUACUAAGUUUGUUACAUAGUUGUAAACCCAACCACUACAUAGAGGAAAAUUUUAUAUUCAUUCUCAAGCAUUUUUCCCCCU